AUGGAGACCCUUUUUACGCCCGUAGAAGUAAUAAGGCGUUUUCGAGCACUGCAAUUAGCUAACAACAAGGCGCGAAAGCAGCGGCUGAGGUUGGCAGAACGCCGCAUCCCACGUGUAGAUGAAAUAACAACAGCUUCUAGUAGAGGAGACACAACCAACACAGAAGGAACAGCCCUGUCCACGCAUAGAUCAGGGCUCAGAAGUACUGGAGGCACCGCGAAGCAGCCUCGAGAGUUAUUCUUUAUUAGCCUCAAAAAACAGCGGGCGAGGGCUGCUGCUGCUGCUGCUGCCGCUGCUCGCAAGCCAGCAGCUACAAAAACAUCAGCAGUAGAACGAACAGCAGCGGAUGAUGACACACCAGCAGCAGGCUGGAAAGGGACGUCUCCGCCGUCAUGUGCCCUUCAGUACGAUCACGAUCAACAAAACAGUUCACCUGCUGGCUCUUUUGUCGUGAUACAGGCCCUUCCCCCAGAUCCCCUUCCAACUAGCACUCCUUUGGAAACUCCCCAGCAUGCAACUCAUGGCGUAGGUAGCAAGGGAAAGCAGCACGAAGCAGCCGACCUUGAGCUGCUGCUACAGCAGCUCUCCUGGGCCCUGCCGCAGCAGCAGCCUUCUGGACGGGAAAGUAGCGGCGAAACAGCUCUUGGGGACGGCUCGGAUGGAGCUGAUAUCGUCAGGGAGCAGCCGUUAUCUGCAGUAGCAGGUGGAACAGCCCUCCAGACUAGUCCCUGUGGGGGUUUCGAAGCGGAGGAGGCUCACGAGGCGCUUCCCCUCGCUCUGCUUACCCUGUUAGAGGAGCACGACCGCCAGGCAACUAUUGCUGCUUCAGAGGCAGACAAACAGGCCUUAAAGCGCAUGCGCCCUGCGUGGCUACAACGACAGCUCGCGGCGAUACGGGAGAAAACAUCAGUAUCCGCCGCACUACGUGAGACACCAGCGUCUAGAAACGCAAGCGACACCACCACCUCGGACCAGCCUAGCGCUGCUUCAGCCCUUCGGUCGUGUGCCUCAUCAGCACAAGGGAAGCGCGGUAAACCUAUAGGGACCCUGGUAAAAGAUGAACAGCGCGCUGGAUCUUUGCGACAGCAAAAAGACUCCCAGGGGCAGUCGAACCCGCGAGCCGUUCAGGCACGUAGGCGCCGUCAGCAGCAACAACCCGUACGAUCGACCUCUGUAAGCAGUCGUUCCCACGGGACUGCUGAUCAACCUGGUCGCCUACUCCUUACAGCUGAGAUGCAACAUCGGAAAUCUGUCGAACAGCUCGUGCUGAGCCUCUUCAAGCGCGGCUUAUGGCUAGAGGAGCCCCAAACGGGGCAGAACGCAUGCAGGAGUUCGCAGCACUAG